AUGAUUCGUGUUUUAUCAAAAGCAAAACCUAUUUCGACAAUGUCCACUAGUGCAUUGAAUUUUGAAGUUACUCAUUCAUGUAAGACGACCAAAGCUCGUGUUGGCCGUAUAACAUUUGGUCGAAAUCAUACAUCUCGUGGUCCGAUUGAAACUCCUGUGUUCAUGCCUGUUGGUACACAAGGAACAUUGAAAGGUCUUACACCUGAACAAUUACAUGAACUCAAUUGUCGAAUCAUUCUCGGAAACACGUAUCACUUAGGACAUAGACCGGGUCCUGAAUUGUUGAAAGAUAUGGGUGGACUUCAUUCGUUUAUGCAUUGGGAUGGAGGACUUUUAACAGAUUCAGGCGGUUUUCAAAUGGUAUCUCUUGUUAAACUCUCCGAAGUAACAGAAGAUGGUGUGAAAUUUCAAUCGCCACACGAUCAAAGUGAAAUGUUAUUGACACCGGAAAAAUCCAUUGAAAUUCAAAAUAUUAUCGACUAG